AUGGCAGGCGUCAGACUUCAGUACCGUCGCCGGAACCCAUACAACACCUCGUCCAACAACGUCCGAGUCAUCAAGACCCCCGGCGGAAAACUUCGUCUUCUUCACAUCAAGAAGCGCGGCACAGCCCCGAAAUGCGGUGACUGCGGCGUCAAACUACCAGGUAUUCCCGCCCUGCGACCCAAAGAGUACGCCACCACCAGCAGACCACAAAAGACCGUACAGCGUGCAUAUGGAGGCUCAAGAUGCGGCAACUGCGUACGGGACCGGAUUGUCCGCGCGUUCCUGAUCGAGGAGCAGAAGAUUGUCAAGAAGGUGCUGAAGGAGACGCAGGAGAAGAAGACGGGGAAGAAAUAG